AUGAGUCAUAGUAAAUUAAUUCCCAAGCUCUCAAUUCAAUCUCCUGUUCAUCAUACCAACUUAAAGGUCCGGUCCACAGAGCUACCUUUCAAGAAGGACUUACAUCUGAUUUCAAAAGACUCCUUGGAAUCUGAUUCAGGAAGCUUCACUCAAGAGAGUAAGUCCCAGUUUGAAGACCAAAUCCGGGGGGACAACAGUAUGGAGCCAGACAGCUUAGAGGAGGAAAGCCUUCAACAGGAAAGCCUGAGUGAGACAGAAGAGGAAGCAAGCAGAAAAGUAGCUCAGAAGGAUGGCAGAGAAAACCUCCAUACCCAGAACAAUGGCAUGGACAACAGCCAACAACCAGUCGAGGACAAAUAUUCAGACCUCCGAUAUGACCCACACUGGAAGAGCAAGAAAGAGGAGAGGAAGUUGUUGACUAUGGAAGCAUUAUCAGAGUCUGUAGACAGCUCUACUGAAAAUCUGACUCUGGAUCCACUGUACCCUUCCAAGGAGCCCUCAAUGGAACUCUCGGGGGAGAAAGGUGAACGCAAGAGUAGCCCACAGAGCGUUGCCUCUUUGUUUGGCAGUGAAUUUUUAAGCCCAAACUAUGAGCGUGGUGCCCAUCACAGCCGGCCAUUUUCAGAGCUGAGCGACAGUGAUCUGGGGGAGAAGUCAAGCAACCUCUCGCAUUACUUGAAGAGUUCAAGUUCACAUAAUGAGGUUUUCCUGCCAGGAUCACGUGGCCGUCAGCGAAGGAAGUCCAAACAAUAUUUCGUGGAAAAAAACAAGCUGACUUUGGGAUUACCUAGUCCUAAAACGGACUCUUAUCUUCAACUUCACAGUAAAAAAAGGGGGGACGUUCUCCCAGAACAGAUCUCCUACCCCAUCAGUGUAACUGACAAGACGUCCAUUCAGAACGCCAAAGAGAUUGAAAAUGCUGCCAUCAAUCCUGAAGACAAAUGGCAUCAAAGAGCCCAACAGCUAAAGAAUUAUCAGGAACACUUGUCUCAAUAUGAAAGUGCAAAAUCAAACUGUGUACCGAGAGGUCAAUCUUCUGAAACAACCAACGGCCAACAACCUCCCAGGAAACCAGCCAAUCACAAGAUUCGAAACCAGCAUAAACACCAGCAUGGCCUGAAGUCUUUGGUGACUGAAGAGCUGGCUGUCAGUCACAGAAACCAGAACACUCCCAGACAGCAACAAAACCAAAAUAAGCCUACUGACACUUCAGUAAAGCAUGAAACAAUCGGAAUUAUGAAUGCGCCUAACAAUGAUUUACAACACUCAAGUGCACUUAGGAGCCAGGAGCCCAAAGUAACCUCCAAUAAAUUUGCUCCACCACAGCAGGCUCUUGAUAAGGUAUUGUACAAAAACUCUACUGGAUAUCACUCCAUGAAUGUUGAGAAAGAAAGAGGACACAAAGGCCAAGAAGAGAAAAGACCGUCACAUCAGCAGCUACACAUCAACACUCUUUCUAAUAUGGACUUGAACUACCUUAAUGAGCUUACUAAGAGACAAGUGCCCCUGAGCCAGAAGGGCUCCCAGUCCAUUCCUAACAAAAAUGUUAAUGGAUCGAGGGAAAAUAAGAAGCAACCCAAGCAGACUUACACAGAGACAAAAUAUAAGAACUUAGAAAUAUUAUGGAAAUUCCAUCCUUCCUCGGACAGCCAACCUGUUAGAGCUUCUCCAGACUCACAGCUCACUCAGAUAAUGGAGCAGCAUCAGCAAGCCUUAAUGCAGCUGACCGAGGUGCAGCCCAGGGGAGGGGCCUCAUCCAGCGUCACAUUUCCACCUAUACUGUCAAGGGUCGAAAGUGAAUCCCAGCUCAGUUCAAACAGAAGCCAAAGAAACCAAAUGAAAAUUAGUCGUAGCAAUUCUGAAGGCUACCUGCUUCAACUAGAAAAAGGAAGAAAGCAUAGGGAAAAGAGCAGCAGCAAGAGCUCCAAGCUGAAAGGUUAUCAGAAAAGAGACGUGAAGCUUGGAGGCCUUGGACCUGACCUUGAAUCCAUCAGAGACAAAAGGCAGAAAUUAAUCCAAAAAAAGGAAUACGCGAAACAAGUUAAGGAGUAUAACAUGAAGACCCUAAGCAUUCUGUCAAAACCACAAACAGCGAAAACUGAAAGUCAAUCUGCCAUCCCUCGACAGAAGGCUUUGGAAUAUGCCAAGACCAUCCCCAAACCCAAACCUUCAAAUCUGACUGGCCAAGUAUCAAAGGAAAAGAAAAAUCCCACCUAUACUCGAAAAGAAGAUGCUCUGCCUGAAAUCUCACUGCUGGAAAUACUGCAGAGCAGACACGAAAGGGAAAAACAGGCUGUGGCUGCUUUCAAAGUCCUUCACAUUGUGUAG